AUGGCCACGGAGAGCUGUGGAGGAGAGGCCGCAACCCGCGCUUCCAGCGCCCAUGUGGAGGAAAUGGCCCCGGGACCUGGGAGGCGCGAGGUUUUAUCAGGGGCGGGGCGAGGGGAGCAGGAGCGCCCCCCCCACCCAAUGGGGACAGGCGCCGUGGCAAUGACGUGGACCACAGCACCCAACGGGGAUGUGGCAGGGGUGGACACGGGGUUCCGGGGCGAACGGGGUCGCGGGAUCGGGGGGGCCAGAGGCUAUAGAGGAAGUCAGGGUGAACUUGGUGAGAGUGGAUUUGAUGGCACUGAUGGAGAGCAGGGCAGAAAAGGCCCCAGAGGAGAACCAGGUGAACAAGGAGAAUCUGGUCUAAGAGGAGAUCAUGGAGAUCCUGGGGCUAACAAUAAUGUUACUGGCCCUAAGGGUGAAAAAGGAAAUAUAGCACCACAGGGAGACCCAGGCCCACAAGGACUCCAAGGAGAGCAGGGUGAUGCUGGCCUAGAUGGUGCAACAGGUCGAAGAGGCCCUCCAGGUAUAAAGGGUGAGCAAGGAGAUCUGGGAGAAACAGGUUACUCAGGAGAAACUGGUCUUCCAGGCCCACAGGGCCCAAGAGGACCGCAAGGGAUCAGAGGACCUCCCGGACCACAAGGCAUGCCAGGCCCUCUGGGUAGUCUGGGGAUGCCCGGUUCACCUGGCUCUGUUGGAAAGUUAGGUGUAAGAGGAGCAAAGGGUGAACCUGGUGACCCUGGAGAAAAGGGCUUAGCUGGACCACCUGGACAGAGAGGCAUUCCUGGCAUGGAUGGCAGAGAUGCCUAUGGUCCUGAAGGAAGCAAAGGAGCAAAGGGAGAAUCUGGAUUCAUAGGAUAUCCUGGUGCAGAGGGAGAAGAAGGAGAUCAAGGCAUUCCAGGAGCGAAAGGACCCAAAGGAAUUAGGGGUAGAAGAGGUAAUUCAGGCACACCAGGUUCCCUGGGAGAUCCAGGUGACCAAGGGCCAUCAGGACCUAUGGGUGCCAAGGGACCAGUGGGCACCAUUUUAAUGGAACCCUGUGAACUUGUGAAUUUUACCCGAAAAAACUGCCACACAUGCCCAGCUUAUCCAACUGAAGUGGUUUUUGCCUUGGAUAUGUCUGACGAUGUUACACCAGCUGCAUUUGAAAGAAUGAGGAACAUUGUUAUGUUAUUACUGAAAACCAUUAAGAUCAGUGAAAGCAAUUGCCCAACAGGCGCUCGUGUCUCUGUUGUUUCUUUCAAUAGCAACAUGCACUACCUCAUCCGAUUCUCUGAAUUCCAAAAAAACAAUUUGCUGCUGCAAGCAGUCCAGAGAAUCCCACUAGAGAGAUCCAGUGGAAAACGAAAUAUUGGAGCGGCCAUGCGAUUUGUUGCAAGAAAUGUCUUCAAACGUGUUCGUCAGGGCAUCCUCACAAGAAAAGUUGCCCUAUUUUUUGCCAAUGGUCCAUCGCAGGAUGAUGUUGCCAUCAGCACAGCUGUGCUCGAGUUGAGUGCCUUGGAUAUCACUCCAGUGGUUAUUGCCUUCAGUGAAGUGCCAAAUAUCAGACGUGCCUUCUCUAUUGAUGACACAAGAAGAUUUCAGUUAUUUGUUUGGGAAAGACAACAAGAUGAAAAUUUGGAGGGCAUCACAUAUUGUACACUGUGCUUUGAUAAAUGCAAUCCAAGAACCAACUGUGAGGUGCCUUUUUCUCCCCUGGUUCAGAUGGAUAUGGAUAUAACUUACAUCAUGGACAGCUCUCGCAGCAUUAGCAGUGAAGAGUUUCAGAGAGCCAAAGACUUUAUGAGCAACAUGGUGGAUCAGUUUGUCGUUUCCUCACAGCCAAACGAAUCAUAUGGAGGCAUCAGAGUGGCACUUGUGCAGCAGGCUCCCAGAGGCUUCCUGCCUGACAGAAACCAAACACCUGUGGCUUUGGAGUUUGACCUAGUCACAUACAGCAAUAAAGAUUUGAUGAAGAAACACAUCCAAGAGUCUGUUCACCAGCUGGAAGGGCCAUCAGCCAUUGCUUCUGCUCUACACUGGACAGUUGAAAAUGUAUUCUUUAAAGCCCCCAGACAAAGAAAACACAGGGUCAUAUUUACAAUAGUCGGAAGCAAAACAAGCACAUGGGACAGAGAAAGGCUGAGAGAGAUUUCACUCGGAGCCAAGUGCCAAGGAUUCACCUUAUUCACUCUUGCACUUGGCAGCGAUGUGAGUGACAAUCAGCUGAUGGAGCUGUCAAGCUCCCCCACAGAUCAGCACUCACUGACACUGGGCAGGUUUUCCACACCGGAGAUGGUGUAUGCUCAGAGGUUUAGCCGCACAUUCCUGAAUCUUCUACAACAAGAAAUGAACAGUUAUCCUUCACCUGAACUUCAAGAAGAGUGUGAAAACUUAGAUCGGGGAGACAUACAACAGGAAGCGUCCAUGAUUGAAAGGAUACCUUUUCCUGGAAUGGCUGAAAGUGGUUCCAGUCAAGUUUUAGAAGACAUGGAAAAAAAUGAAAGUAGAGUCAUGAAGAGUAUGAAAGAGACCACCAAAGAACCUGUAUACACAGUGCCAGAAAUGAGAGAUGAUUAUGAGGAGAAUGAGUAUUUCACAGACGAAAAUGCUAAAAGGGAAAAGCUUCAAGAGUGUGGAAAAGCUCAGGAGAAGAACAGGAAAAACUUAGAGACAACAGCAGAAACUAGAGCUGCCUGUAAUGAUUAUGAUGCAUGUGGCCUUGUUCAAGAUAGUGGAGAAUGUCAGAAUUACAUUUUGAAGUGGUACUACGACAAAGAACAGAAAAGAUUGGAGAAAAAAAUCAGGAUGCAUCUGGACUUUGAUAGAGCUGGCUCUUCCUGGUAAACAUGCAUGUUUAAAACCCAGCUUCUUCAGCUUUCUGACUCUGGCCAUUCUUUUCAAGCCCCUCAGAGAGGAUGCUCAGAGAGAAUCACCAAGACUAA